AAGAUAUCACAAUCAAGAUGAAGGCAAAAGAUGAUUGUGUGACUGACCAUUUAGUUGGGAUAGAUGAUCAAGUGGAAGCCGUGAUGGACUUGUUGGGCUAUGACUUUGGUUGUACACGGUUUCUUGGAAUUCAUGGCCCUGCUGGUAUUGGAAAGACAACCCUUGCCAAGGCUCUCUUCAACAACCUCAUUCCUAACUUUGAUUGGAAAUGCUUCCUACCAGAUAUCCGUGCAUCAUCACGCCGCCAUGGCCUAUUACUUCUGCAAAAGAAACUGCUAUUUAACAUCCUCGGUGACACCAAAAAAGAAAAAAAAAACAUCCUUGGUGUUUCGACCAAAAGAAAAAAAGAGAGACCCUCGGUGAAAAUUCGAUGGAAAAAAAAAGAGACCCUUGGUGAAACCAAGUCUAUGGUUGACAUCAAUGACAUUGAUGAUGGAAUGAAGGUUAUCAAGGAAAAACUUCAUGAUAAGAAGGUUCUAAUUGUUUUGGAUGAUGUGGACCAUAGGGAACAACUUGAGAAGCUAAUUGGCAAGAUUAGUUGGUUUGCUACAGGAAGUAGAGUCAUAAUCACGACAAGAGACAAAAGUAUCCUAGAUAGCAGUGAGAAAAUUAUACUUUAUGAAUUGAAAGAAAUGAAUUCUGAUCAAGCACUUCAGCUUUAUAUAAAUCAUGCAUUCAAAAGAGAAUCUCCUAGAGACAAUUAUUAUGAAGGAUUUUCAAGGGACAUUGUUUCUACUAUUGGAGGACUUCCUUUGAUUGUUAAGGUCAUAGGUUCAUUUCUUCAUGGGAAGCACAAAACUGUAUGGAAAUAUACACUAGAAAAGUUAAGGAGCAUUGCUUGUGAAGAGGUCCGUUGGAAGCUGAACAUUAGCUAUGACGCCUUAAAUUUCAAGCAAAAGCAGAUUUUUCUUGAUAUUGCAUGUCUGCCCUUCCAUGAGGAGGAGAUAAAUGCAUCUUAUAUGUGGGAAAAUUGCAACUCUUUCCCACAAACAGAAAUUGAAGUCCUUAGUUCUUUGGCAUUGAUAAACAUUUCACCGGAACGGCGGGUUAUGGAUGCAUGACUUGCUAAAAGACCUAGGGCGCCAAAUUGUCCAUGAGGAAAACCUAGAUCCAAGGAAAGCAAAGCAGAUUGUGGAUUUCUGAGGAAGCUGUGGACAUAUUGAAAACAAGAGAGAAUAAAGGAAAUAUUGAAGCACUCAGUCUAGAUGGAGAUCCUACUCUACUCAUCUUAACCGAUGAAGAUUUCUCAAGGCUGCCAAAUCUAAGAUUCCUUGAAUUAGAUGGGGGGAGCUUUAUCGGGGACUUUACUGGUCUCUUUUCAAAGCUAAGAUGGUUUUCUUGGUGCCAUUUUCCUCCAGAUUUAAUUACAACUAAUCUGUUCCCACAAAACUUGGUUGUCCUCCAACUCUCCGAAUUUAAUGAUGCCAAUGCUUGGGAGGGGUGGAGCCAAAUUAAGAUGCUACACAAUUUGAAGGUUCUACAUUUGACACGUCUAAAUAUGAUCAGAAUCGACUUAUCCGGGUGCUUUACUUUGGAAAGGUUAAUCAUCGAAAAAUGUCAACAAUUGGUUCAAAUUGAUCACUCCAUUGGAGAGCUAAAACAACUGGCUUACUUGAAAAUUGAGGGUUGCCACAAGCUAAAAGAUCUGCCUGGCGAAAUUGGCUUGCUAGUGAACCUAAAACACUUAACCUUGACCAACUGCUCAGUGUUAAGGGAUCUCCCAAGCUCGAUGGAAAAGCUAAAUUCGCUGAUCAAGUUGGAUAUAUCAUUCACAUCAAUUGAAUACUUACCUUAUCCUCUUGGAUAUCUAAUGACUUCGGAUGAGAUAAUUAUUGAAGAUUACCAACAAGCAGAGUUUCCUUCAGCCAGUGGGUUGGCGAUGGAAGAUUGCCAACAAGCAGAGUUUUCUUCAGCCAGUGGGUUGGCAUUGAAGCUUGAAGUGGUACGUGCUAGAUGUUGUUCUAUGGUGCGAAGUUUCAAGUGAAAUUGGGAAUUUGUCCUUUUGAGAAUCCUAGAUCUAUCAUACACUUCCAUUCGUCUAGUGCCAGAAACAAUUGCUGCGCUCCCUCACCUAGAAGAACUGAUUCUUAGGAACUGUGAUAGCCUGCAAAAGUUGCCGCCGCUUCCCCCAAGUUUGACUCAUCUACUUGUUAGUUCUCGGUCUUUGGAGUCUAUUCCAGAUCUAUCAAACCUGACUAAUAUAGUUAAUCUUCUCUUAUCAAAUGGCAGAGUUCCUCCAUCAUUGCCUCCAUCGAUCCUCACCGAAACCUUUAACUUAGAGUGGAUUGGGAAGUUAUGCAAGUUAGGAACUUUGGAACUGUGCCUUCCGACCUUUGCCUUGUCGCCAACUGCAUUGGGUUCUCUUUCUUGUCUAAGAAAACUUCACAUGUCUGGCCACCGAUACCCGAACUUUCUCAUGCAGCCCGUUGGAUCAACAAUGCAUGGAAAUCUCAGCUCAAUAACAACUUUCCCAGGUUUAUCCAACUUGAAAAAUCUAAUAGUUUUGAAGCUCUGUUGCUCUAUGGAAAUUGCGAUCCAACUUGGCGGGCUAGAGCAGUUGAGACAUUUAACUGUCAGCAGCUUUCGACUCCUUGAAACUAUAAUAUUUUCCUCCCCAGGCCUGAAGAAUCUAAAACGAUUGCAAGUAGAGGACUGCGAUGUUGAGAGAGAUUCAUGGUGCUGGGGCAUUGGAAACAUUGGAAAGCCUGAAGGUCAACUUAUGUCCGUCAAUUACAACGUUAGGUGAUCUGUCAAAACUGCAGAAGUUGGCGGAAUUGAAAAUCGAACAUUGCGAAGAGCUACAGGGUUUUGAGGGCUUUGACGAGUUAGGUUGUUUACGUCUCUUUGAAGUGAUCCAGUGCCGCUCCUUCGAAUAUUGGACAAAUGCAUUGGACACAAUGGUACCAGAUGAAUGCCAAGUCGUAAUACAAAGUUGUAAGAAACUAGGCACAAUUCCUGAGGAUGGCAUGCUUUACAAGGAUUAUAGAGAUAUGUUUCUUGCAAGGAUCAAGUCUGAUUCAGAUGCGGCCACAUCCUACAAUAAGGGAAAGCAAGUAGAUGGUGAUGAGGACGACGAUAUGCCAGAGAUUGUGGACAUGCCGUUGAGGGAAGACAGUGACUAUGAAGAAGAAAAACAGGAGCAAGAUGAUGGUGAUGGGGACCGCGAUCCGCCAAAGGUUGUGGACACGCUAUUGAAGGAAGACUCUGUCGUGAAAGAAGAAAUAGAGGAGGUGGCUGAAACGGAAGAGAAAAGGCAAGUUGCCAGUAUCGAAAAAGAUGUUGGAACUGAUGAUCAAGUAAACCGCAUCAUGAGCUUGAUGAAUAUUAAUGAUAUGGAGCAGCGGAUCGUUGUCGUCAUUUAUGGAAAAGAUGGAAUUGGCAAGACGACUCUUGCAAAACUCAUAUACAACCGAGUGUUCUGUGAUUUUGAUGGUUGUAGCUUCCUUACAGAUAUUAAAGAAAAAACUCAAGCAUUAGGAGGGCUUCGGCUUUUGCGAACUAAGUUGAUUUCCGAUAUUCUAAAACGGGAACUUGAGGAUGUUGCUCUUGUCAAUAGGGGAAAUGAGUUUUUCAGGGACUUAUUUUGCGACACGAGAGUCUUGAUUGUCCUUGAUGAUGUGGAAAAUGUGUUUGAUGUCCAGCAACUCAUCGGAAAUUGCUUUAAUUGCUUUGCAUCUGGAAGUAGGAUCCUGGCAGCAUGCAUCUAUACCAACUUCUUCCUCACAUGGCAAAUGGUCUGUUCAUGGUAG